CUUAAUGGCUAUACUUGCAAAAAUUUUACUAAUAGGUCUAAAAUUUUAUUUUUAUUUCAAUAGUAUCAAGAGAAUGGACAAAUCCAUACCCAACUAAUACUCGAUUAGAAUAUGAAAUACAACGAUGAUAGUGCACUGAGCGUCAAAAGACAACAACCUCGCAGGCCACCUCGAAUUCAACGCUAUCGUGGGAUGAAAUUUUGAGCCGAACUACUUUGGAGGGACGUUGUUCUUGUGCAACUAUUGACACUUUGUGAAUUGUGAGAAACUAAAAACUUGUCUCAUUUCUUUGUGGGAUCAGCUUAUAUAGUUGGAUCAUAAGUUUGUAGAAGAAGACAAUGUUGCUUCUUAAACAAGUACAGACCGUAAAAGGAAAAAUGUACAAAAAUAUAAGAUUGGGUGUUAAAUUGUAAAAAUGCAUGAACUAGUCAUUGGACCUUGGAACGCCGUCGUUCUCUCUGUACGUCGUCGUUCACUUAGCAUCACACACGACGUCGCACCAGCUUCGUCUUCCUUCUUCCUGUUGUAAGUGCGGGAGAUUGGGAAUUUUUGAAUUGUUCCCUAAUACCCUCCCGCAAGCUGGUGGGCAAAAUUCCUGAACACCAAGCUUGGAGAGGAGAAGAGUGAAAGUAGCAGGUGGAAGAGGCUUUGAAAAUAGGUCUGCAAGCUGGUGAACUGUUGACACAUGAUAGAUUUUGAUGACGUUUGCUUGGAGCUUAUCCCGGACGAGAUGGCAGUCGAUUUCAAUGUGUUUGGUGUGCUCGUGGAAUGUGGGUUUCUGAGCGAUGUAUAUGGCGGAUUGACUGUCGCAAUAGAGGGUCACCGUCUUAGGAUGGGGGAUUUUGAAGUCUUGAAGGAGGUAGAGAAGCCAUUGAACCUUGUAAGAGGUGUAGGCAAGAGCACGAUAUUCUACUUCGCUGGAAGAUCAAGAAACAGUGGUUUGCUUCUUGCUCUUCCAGGAGACGAGCGAAGAGACCAAAUAGACACAAUAACCAGUAAUUGACCAUCGUGUGUCAACACAGGCGGCCCAAUCAGAGUCACUGAAGGCUUGCAGUUGUAAAGAUGAAGAUGAAGAGAAGGCCAGUGGAAGGAGCAUGCUUCAGGUACCUCAAUAUUCUUGUAACAGCCUUGUAGUGAGUGUUGCUUGGAUUUGACAUAAACUGACUCACUUGUUGUGUGACAUAGCUAAUGUCUGGCCUUGUUGUUGUCAGAUAAAUCAGUUUUCCCACCAAAUGUAUGUAUUGUUCUGGAUUUGGAUAGGGAUCUGAAUGUUCAGUAGUGAGGUGAUUCUUGUAGUCCAUAGGGGUGCUAACAGGCUUAGAACUCAGUAGGUCAGCAUCCUCUAUUUAUGUCCAGUGUGUACUUCCUUUGGGAAAUGUGAAUGCCCUUCUUGGUUCGGGCAACUUCAAUGCCUAGGAAGAAAUGUAGUUGUCCCAUGUCUUUGAUGUUGAACUGUUGGUGUAGAAAUGACUUUAAGCUAGUGAUUUCAUUGAGGUCAGUACCACCAAUCACUAGAUCAUCAACAUAGACAAGCACACAGGUGUAGGAGGAGGAUGUAGUUUUGUAGAAUAGGGAAUGAUCAACUUUACUGGGGAUGUAGCCCUAAGUUUGAAAUUUUUCUGCUAGUUUUGCAAACCAUUUGCCGAGAUGCUUGUUUAAGACCAUAGCGUGACUUUCUGAGCUUACAGACAGGGUUUUUAAAUCCUGGUGGAGCUUUGUAACCGGGGGUAGAGUCAUGUAGAUGUCUUCCUCAAUAUCUCCAUGUAGGAAGGCAUUGUUGAUGUCUAGUUGAUGAAUGUGCCAUGUUUGAGAGGCUGCAAUUGCAAGGAAGAGUCUGAUUGUUGUCAUUUUGACAAAUGGGGCAAAUGUGUCCUGGUAGUCAACUCCUUCUUGUUGGUUGUACCCCUUAGCUACGAUCCUAGAUUUGUAUCUUUCUAUGGAACCAUCAGGGAGGAAUUUGAGUAUGUGAUAGACCGUUAAUUACACAUGUUUUUACCCCUGUUCUUACACCGUUUGAGAUGUGGUUUCUCGUGUUUUAGACCGAUUUCACGCUAGGUUGUGCUUGUUUGUGAUAUUUCAGGUCCUGGCAAGUGAAUGAAGGUUUAGGAGCGAGCUCGGGGUCGAUUGGGCGAAGAUCGGGCACGAGGCAAGUCACAAAGGAGGCCACACGAGCACACCCACAAAUCACACGGCCGUGCAACUCAUAUUUCUGGCCGUGUGAGAUUGUGCGAGAGCAAACACGGCCUGCCCUGACAACACACACGGCCGUGUGAAGGAGUGGCUUGGCCGUGCGAGUUUUGCCGAGAGCAAACACGGGCAGAUGGAAGUCACACACGGCCGUGCCACUCUGGCCGUGUGAGAAGCCUGGAAUUCGACUAAGUGAUACGGUGCGUUUUGCCUCACACGGGCAACUGGGUAGGCCACACGGCCGUGUGGCCCUGCCCGUGUGAGUCGGGAUUUCCUGGUUUUAAGCCAAAUUCCGAACCAAAGAGGAGGAGAGCUGGGUUUUGGAUCCAAAACACCCAAGGGACGAACCAAAGGGAGAGAGGGCGAUCUGAGGGCAUUCUAAGAGUGGAAUUGGAGGAUUUCUUCGCUUUGGAAGCUCGAGGAACAAGCUCGGACUUGAAGACUGAUCAUCUGAAGAUUCUUACUGCAGUCUCUCUCUUCUCUAUGGAGUAACUUCCCUUCACUUAGGUUUUGAGGAACCCUAGCUAUGUUUGUUUGAUUGGAUGAUUGUAUGAGUACUCUGACUUGAUAAUCUUGAGUUCAUAUUCAAUCUAUGCAUGUUUUCAUGAUUCAAUUCUGCUUUAGUCGAGAUUAUUGAUUCUGCUUUGAUUCUAUGAGAGGGAAUACCUGAUUAGGUCAAUAGAGCACCAUAGAUUGA